GCACUGCCCGAGGGCCCAGGGUCAGUAGGGGGCCCCAUGAGAUGCCCCUGGUACCUUUUUCAUAGGCUUUUUUGAGUUUGGGCAAGGACACAGGGGCCCCAUGAUCCCCUAUUGCCCGGGGGCCCCAUGAGCUGUCAGUCCGCUCCUGGUUGUAACAACGCAGUUCAGUUUGCAGAAGCAUGCAUUCAUAACGCACAAACACUUUAUACGCUCAAUAAUGCACAUGUGGUCAGCAAUGGCAGCUCCCACAUUUCUCUUGUGACAGAUCUAGUUUGCAUACAACCAUAUCCAUCA